AUGGAUGAAUAUGCAAGCAAUAUCCCGUCUGACAUCGCCAAUGCCUAUUCCGUUGGCCAUAUACCUCCCGAUAUCACACUCGCAACCCUGCUACAAUCGCGCGAUGCCUCUAGCAAGACUGGCAUAUAUGUCGUCUUCGCUUUGUCCUUUAUCUUUUUGAUAUUUCGAUGUUAUUCGCGGAUAUUCGUUGUUAGAAGAUUCGGGUUGGAUGAUUGGUUGGCGUGUCUUACUUUUAUUCUCUAUAUACCACUCGUGCCAUUAUGCGUUUUAUUAAUCAACAACGGAAACGGUCGACGCAGCGCCUACGUUAACUAUGUCAUGUCCCUAGACGAAGAUCGGAUGAACUAUGGCGAAUUAUUGGACAUUAUCAUGCACUUCCUCUACAUUAUUGCACUCUUUACCUGUAGACUUUCUGGUCUCGCAUUCUAUCGUCGACUCUCCGACGCCCACGCCAAACUCUACAUUUCCAUUCGUGUCUGCACAAUCGUUUUCAUAUUCUUCUUUAUAGCGCAAUUUUUCCUACUCUUAUUUCAUUGCCUUCCGGUCACCGGCAAAUGGCCAUACUCGUGGCAGGCGGAUUAUCACGUAUACAAAUGCAUGACCUGGGGCGCGGUGUAUAUCACUAUUUCAUGCCUAUCCUUUGCAUGCGACGUCGUCAUGUUUGUCAUUUCAUCCAUGCUGAUUCAUCUCUUGCAUGUGCCGUUAAGGAGGAAACUGGAACUCGCCUGCGUUAUGUUUCCCGGUGUACUUGCCCUCAUCAUAUCAGGCGCUCGCAUAGUCCUAGUUUGUCUGGGUCAAUGGUCGACUGACAAUACAUGGUACUACGAUCCACAACUCGCGGUUGAGAUGUCGGAGAUAGGGGCUACUCUUAUUGCGUUAUCUGUGCCUGCUCUGAAACUGCUUUUUGGCGUCUACGUUCUCACACGAAUUCGUUCCAGUACGAGUGAUGAUAACAGUGGCCGCCCUCCUCAGCCGAUCCAAUUGAAGAAAAUAAGUAAUUUUACUUUACGUGCGCUUGGUGAGGAUCAUGGGAAUCCUACAUGA